AAUAAAGUGAAUAAAGCAGUGACCUGGGAGUCCCUGUGCCUGCUCUCCACUCCUACAGGAGGUCCUGCCAAUUCUGCAUUGUCCCGCUGGAUUUGCAGUCAGAUGUCUUAGGCUGGCAGGCACUGCGCAGGCAAUGAGCUCUUUCCCUGUAAGUUGGGCACAAAAAGAUCAGCAUGGGAGCAGCCUCCUUUGGGACAGAGAGAAUGCAGCAAGCCAGGAGCCGGCAGAAAUUCCUCCAAGCAGAGGGUGGCUCGUGGGAGGAGUUUGGUUUGCAAAGUAUUGUCAUUUGCUGAGAGAAGGUGUGUGCUCCAGAAGGAGUUUUAACCUGGAGGAUCAUUAACUCUUUCCGUCAGCUGGCGCUGCCGUGGCUCGGCAAGUUCAAGUUCGUCCUGGACGCAUCUGCUCUGGAAGGUCAGGGAGGUGUGGAAUCCUUUUCCAUGGGGGACCACUUUGAGAAGGGCCAGCACGCUUUGCUCAAUGAAGGAGAAGAGAAUGAAAUGGAGAUAUUUGGCUACCGGACUCAAAGCUGCCGGAAAACCCUCUGCCUUGCUGGAUACGUCUUCUCCUUUGGUAUCCUCCCCUUGGUGUUUUACUGGAGACCUGCUUGGCACGUGUGGGCAAAUUGCAUCCCGUGUUCCUUGCAAGAGGCAGACGUCGUGUUGCUGAGGACAACAGAUGAAUUCCAAACUUACUCUCGGAAAAAGGUAGCGUGGAUCUGCCUGUCGGCAUUAAACAGCACAUUUCGCCUCACUCCUGACCACCCUCUCAUCACAGAUGAGGAGUAUAUCAUAAACAGAGCCAUAAGAAAGCCAGACUUGAAGGUGAGAUGCAUAAAAGUGCAGAAAAUAAGAUACGUUUGGAACAACUUAGAAGGACAAUUCCAGAAAAUCGGCUCUUUGGAAGACUGGCUCAGUUCUGCCAAGAUACAUCUAAAAUUCGGAUCUGGCCUAACAACAGAAGAACAAGAGAUUAGGAGGUUAAUAUGUGGGCCAAAUACUAUCGAUGUUGAAAUCACACCUGUCUGGAAACUGCUCAUCAAGGAGGUUUUAAAUCCAUUUUAUAUAUUUCAACUCUUCAGUGUCUGUCUGUGGUUUAGUGAAGAUUAUAAGGAGUACGCUUUUGCCAUCAUAAUCAUGUCCAUCAUUUCCAUAGCUUUGACAGUGUAUGAUCUCAGAGAGCAAUCCGUAAAGCUCCACCAUUUAGUUGAAUCACAUAAUAACAUUACAGUCUCUGUAUGUGGGAAAACAGCUGGAGUCCAGGAGCUGGAAUCACGCUUCCUGGUACCUGGAGAUCUAUUAAUUUUGACGGGGAACAAAGUGCAAAUGCCAUGUGAUGCCAUUCUGAUUGAUGGCCACUGUGUGGUAGAUGAAGGCAUGCUGACAGGAGAAAGCAUCCCAGUCACUAAAACCCCUUUACCUGAGAUGAACAGCUCUGUGCCCUGGAAAACACAGAGUGAAGCAGAUUACAAGCGGCAUGUCCUCUUCUGUGGAACCGAGGUUAUCCAGGCCAAGGGGGCUUGCUCUGGGACCGUGAAAGCAGUGGUACUGCAAACGGGAUUCAACACUGCCAAGGGGGACCUGGUGAGAUCCAUUCUCUACCCCAAGCCGAUGAAUUUUAAGCUCUACAGGGAUGCCAUCAGGUUCCUCCUGUGCCUCGUGGGGACCGCCACCAUUGGGAUGAUCUACACAUUGUGCGUCUAUGUGCUCAGCGGGGAACCUCCGGAGGAAGUGGUGAAGAAAGCCCUUGAUGUCAUCACCAUUGCUGUUCCUCCUGCUCUACCUGCUGCUCUGACCACAGGCAUUAUCUAUGCCCAGCGCAGGCUGAAAAAGAGAGGCAUCUUUUGCAUUAGUCCACAGAGGAUCAAUGUAUGUGGACAAUUAAACCUUGUCUGCUUUGACAAGACAGGCACCUUAACGAGGGAUGGCUUGGAUCUCUGGGGAGUCAUGCCUUGCGGUAGGAACGGCUUCCAGGAAGUCCACAGCUUUGCCUCAGGCAAGGCUCUGCCCUGGGGCCCACUGUGUGCGGCCAUGGCCAGCUGCCACUCUCUGAUCCUCCUCGAUGGGACCAUCCAAGGAGACCCACUGGACCUCAAAAUGUUUGAAGCCACCACAUGGGAAAUGGCGACUUCUGAGGACGAUUUCCAUAUCAAGGGAGCACCGGCAUGUGCCAUGGUUGUUAAGCCCUGCAAAACAGCCAGCCAGGUCCCAGUGGAAGGGAUUGCAAUCCUGCACCAGUUCCCAUUCUCAUCAGCGCUACAGAGGAUGACAGUCAUUGUCCAAGAGAUGGGGGGUGACCGGCUGGCAUUCAUGAAAGGUGCACCAGAGAGGGUGGCCAGCUUUUGCCAACCUGAGACAGUACCAACUAGUUUUGUUAGUGAACUUCAGGUUUACACGACACAGGGCUUCCGGGUCAUAGGACUGGCCUACAAAAAGCUGGAAAUGGACCACCACACCACUGCCUUGAUGAGGGACCAGGUGGAAUCAGACCUGAUAUUUCUGGGACUGCUGAUCUUAGAGAAUAGAUUGAAGGAAGAGACAAAGCCUGUCCUGGAAGAGCUCAUCUCAGCCCGGAUAAGGACUGUAAUGAUCACAGGUGACAACCUUCAGACUGCAAUAACAGUGGCCAGAAAGUCUGGAAUGGUUUCUGAAAGCCAGAAAGUCAUUCUCAUUGAAGCAAAUGAACCUACUGGGUCCUCAUCAGCAUCUAUAUCUUGGAAACUAGUAGAAGAGAAGAAGCACAUUGUAUACAAGAAUCAGGACACCUACAUUAACAUCAGGGAAGUAGUCUCUGAUAGUAGCAGAGAAGGAAGUUACCAUUUUGCCCUAAGUGGAAAAUCCUUCCAGGUUAUAAAUCAACAUUUCAGCAGCUUACUGCCUAAGAUACUGAUCAAUGGAAUCUUUGCAAGAAUGUCUCCUGGGCAGAAAUCCAGUCUGGUGGAAGAAUUUCAGAAACUAGAUUAUUUUGUAGGUAUGUGUGGUGAUGGAGCCAAUGACUGUGGGGCUUUGAAAAUGGCUCACGUGGGCAUCUCUUUAUCAGAGCAGGAGGCAUCCGUGGCCUCACCUUUCACUUCCAAAACUCCAAACAUUGAGUGUGUACCUCACCUUAUUAAGGAAGGACGUGCCGCUCUCGUUACCUCAUUUUGCAUGUUUAAGUACAUGGCUCUCUACAGCAUGAUUCAGUAUGUUGGUGUUCUGCUGCUCUACUGGGAGACAAACAGCCUUUCAAAUUACCAGUUUCUGUUCCAGGAUCUGGCCAUUACAACUCUUAUUGGUGUAACAAUGAAUUUGAAUGGUGCCUAUCCCAAGCUGGUGCCUUUCAGACCUGCAGGACGGCUCAUCUCCCCACCUCUGCUGCUCUCUGUGAUUCUCAACAUUCUUCUCAGCCUGGCCAUGCACAUUGUGGGCUUCAUUCUGGUUCAGAGGCAGCCUUGGUAUUCCGUGGGGAUGCACAGUGCCUGCACAGUGCAAAAUGAAACACUUCCAAAGUUGACUAUAUCUCCCACUGCUCCAGAAAAGACUGGAAGUAAUGGUGUCUUCACAAGCUUUGAGAACACUACUACAUGGUUCUUGGGGACAAUCAACUGCAUUAUUGUGGCUCUUGUCUUCUCCAAAGGAAAACCAUUUAGGCAGCCCACCUACAAAAACUAUAUAUUUGUCCUUGUGCUGCUCAUACAGCUGAGUGUGUGUCUAUUCAUUCUAUUUGCUGAUAUUCCAGAACUAUAUAGGCGUUUGGAUCUGCUCUGCACACCUGUCCUGUGGAGGGUCUACAUUGUCAUUAUGCUCAGUUCCAAUUUCAUUGUGUCCCUUGUGGUGGAGGAAGCCAUUAUUGAAAAUAGAGCCCUGUGGAUGAUAAUCAAAAAAUGUUUUGGCUAUCAAUCAAAAAGCCAGUAUCGAAUAUGGCAGAGGGCCUUGGCAAAUGACCCCAGUUGGCCCCCGAUAAACCAGACCUCCUACUCUGAUAUGUCAGGGUAUGGCCCGGGAGUGUCUUACAGCAACCCCGUAUUUGAGAGCAACGAGGACCAACUUUGAAGGCAAUGUGAUACCCAAAUUUAUAUAUCAUAGAAACAAUGACAAAAGGGACCUGUUUCAGUGAUUUUUUUAAGCAAUGAGACUCUUGCAAUAUCAGCUGGAGUUUUUGGAAUCAAAAACCUACCCAAUCAUGGUGACAAAUUAAAGUCUUUUUGAUAAAAUGCUUUCUACAGAUCAGAAAACUGCCCUAGGAGAGUGCUUUUCUCUUGGCUUCUGAAAAUAUUAGAGGUAUUCAGUGACUCAAGAAUGGCCCAGGGAUGGCAAUGGGCCAAGAGUUUGGGAGGCUGGAAGAGAAGGAGAAUAUGUAAUUUGUCUUUUUAGAUAAUAUAUUUUUAAAAUGAGUUGAGGGAAAGUAACAUAGAAUUGUAACAUGUUAAGGAUCAUUUUUGAAUUCUUAGUUCAUUGAUGGAAAAAAAAAUGCAUGAGAACCAUCACACCAAUCCUCACUGUCUGGUUUCCUUUCCUUUGUGGAACUUUUCAGAUUUGAGAUGUCUCCUUCUAUUUCUGUCCUUCCCUUACAUAUUAGUCAGGAUAGGCUAAGCUAUUGCUGCAAUAACAAACAGCUCCAGUAUCUCCGUGUCUAACACUCAAGAGUACCUUUCUUGGUCCAGAUGCCUCUUUAGCAUAGCUCUCCUCAGAGUGGAACUACCACAGAAGACAUGGAGUCUGUGAACACAUGGAGCAAGGCUCCAAUCUGAUGGUUCCACCAACACAACACGAGGACUCCUUGUGUUCUGUGAUGAGGGAAGGAAGAUGGAGGCUCUUCACUGUGCCAAAGUGGGGGAUACAUCUCAACCAUCACUCACACCUCAUUAACCAGGGAUUUGGCAAAGGAUCCGGGAAGUACAGUCUCCUGUAUUUAGGGCUAGCUUCAUGGGUGUAUGAUUUGGCAUUCACACAGGGCCUCAUGCUUGGACGGGCCCCCUACCUGGAUUAGUACUCUGCUCUUGCCAUCUUGAAAUUCUUAAUUUUUGCACUGGGCCCCGCAAACUAUAAAAUUGACCUGGCUUGUAUUCCUGGGAAAGAAAGGAAAGUAGUACACAUCACACAGUGCUCAUACCAUCCACUAAAGUCUACAUCUCCUGACCCUGUGAACCUCUAUGUUUUAGAAAUGCUUUAUCUUACAUGCCCAACUCCAGGAAUUUUCAUUCCUUGGCUCUAUUAUUUUUGAGAAAAGUUACCUCUUGUGCUACAACCUUAUAUAUUAUCCCUCACAGAAGUCUCCUAUAGCCUACACAUCUCUUAAGUUUGAGGCUUUGGUUUUCAGAAAACAAAAAUGUCCCUUAUUUUAUCACUACUAUAAUUUGCUUAUAUUGGAUUCAUUCAGCCUAGAAAACAUUCAGGUUUCUGUUAGCUCAGCAGACAACACAGAAUUCUAGGAAAAUGCCCACAAAUAGUAUUUUAAAGCAAAAGCAACAUUUUCAUGGUAAACAUCAAAUCCUAAGUGAGUAGUUCUGGGCUGGGAGUCCCUGGAUGGCUUUGCUUCUUACCAAGAGCAUCUGCAAGGCUUCCCUUCCUCCUUCAGCUCAGGCUGAACUCCUAAGUGUGGCCAGUGGCCCUGUGAUUGUAGACAAUUUUGGGAACAAGGUGUUUGCCAGCCACAAAGUUACCUUGUUGCUUCUAGUUUUAAAAUAAGGUGUGAAGAAUCAUUAAAACAGGUGGCAGGGAGUUCCCUUUGUGGCUCAGGGGUAACGAACCUGACUAGUAUCCAUGAGGAUGCAGCUUUGAUCUCACUAGGAACCAUGAGGUUGUGGGUUCAAUCCCUGGCCUCCCUCAGUAGGUUAAGGAUCCGGCGUUGUGUAGGUCACAGACACAGCUUGGAUCCUACAUUGCUGUGACUGUGGUGUAGGCUGGCAACUGUAGCUCCAGUUCGACCCCUAGACUGGGAACUUCCAUAUGCCACAGGUGUGGCUUAAAAAGCAAAACAAAGAAAAACAGACAGUUGCUAGGAUCAUUGUCUUCCUAGGUUCAGAAAGAAAUGUUUCCUUUUACAAAGUCAGUCUCAGGGCAGGGUGUAUGGUGUGAUCUCAUAGUCAAACAGAGUGAAUUUUUUCCUUACCAGUGAUAGGGCAGAUCUGAAUGUCUUUUUCUAAAACUGAUAGUUUUUUUCAUUUUUCAAAAGUUAUGGGCAGGGGCAAGCUGGAGACAGUCUACAGCCUAGCGACAAGCAAGAGUGGGGUGCCCUGUUCAUACUCUGAAGAACCCCUCACCAAGUGCUGCCAUUUCCACUAGUCACCUGAACUGCAUAAUUCCUCUGGAACUCAGACAAGAAAGGGUCGAUCAUUCCCCACUUUAGAGCUGAGAUUCAGGGAGAGGGGCACAUACCCAGACCUCAAACACAAAUCUUCUGUUACCUCCAAAUACCUCCUACAUACUAAGCUCCAACUGGGCACAGUACAUUGUGCCAUCUCACAGUCAAACAAAGAGUGAAUUUCUUCCUUGCCAGCUAUUAAGACCUGGAGCUUCUGCUCAAAUGAAUGCCAGGCAGCCCGCCAGCCUUGGGCUAGAGGUGUGUUCCAAACAAAAUGAAACCCCAAACUACAGCUUUCUGUGUUUUUUCCUGCAACUCUGGGUCGCUUUUGUCUUAAUCGGAGAUGAUUUCAUCUUCAGCAAUUCACACACAGUUGGCAGGGAGCAGGGAAGGAGAACGCGAUUCCCCACUAGCCAAACAACUCUCAAAUCUUUGCCGAAAGGGACUGAUUCUAAAGAUGGUUCUUGAGACUAACUGUAUCUUAGAGGCAGUAAGUGAAAGAGCAGGGAGCACUUAGCCUGGAAAAAUGGGGAUUCAGGGGUCUCCAGAAUUGUAUUCAAAUACUUGAAGGGGUUACCAUGAGAGAGAAAGCUCUGACCUGGAUGGGGUGGCACCACCAGGUUGCCAAGAGCACCCAGUGGUGGCAGUGACCUCAGGCUGACAUGGAAAAUCACCGCCCUAACAGUCAGCACUGCCAGAAGUGGAAGCUGGUGACCUCAAGAGGUGGGCACUCUGUGACAGUGGUUGUUCCAGUGGAUAUUCAAAGGUCAAUUCGCAAAGGAAGUCACGUAUCAGAUGAAACUCAAUGACCUGCAGGAUCCCUUUCAGGCUUGAUAUGCCCAGUGUCUCCAUGUUACACUGGGAUGGGAACUAUUUACUACUUCUGCCCAGGCAGAACGUCACACUGAUCCCAUGGGGGGCUGGGCAGCGGAGGUCCCAUAGUGUGGACGCACAGGCGGACUUCUCUGUAUCUUGGAAUGUGGCUUCUGAUGGGGACAGGAACCUAGAAAAGAGGUGCACAGUGAGGGGUCCUGACUACCAAAUUGACAGCUGAGUGAUAUUUCAGAUGUGUUUAUUUUCUUAGAAAAAGAUGUUUAGAAAUUUGAGGAAAAGAACAGGGGAAAGUGCCCCAAACCCAAGGGCAGCGCUGCCUGGGCCAAGUAUGCUUCUCUGACCAGGACUUGGAAGAGAAAAGGACACAGUCACCUGCUCCAAAUCAUUUGAGAGUGUCCCCUGAAUGUUCACUCCAAGGUAUACAGCUCCUAGCCCAUAGCGAAGAACCCUGACUCUAGGCUCUCCUCACUAAAUUUGGAGUCAUGGAAAUAGAGAAUGGAACUACGUCCAUGCCGUCUGUGUCCUAUGUGCUCAUAGAAGUGUGUGUUAUACACUUGAAGAUGUGAUGACUAGGAAAAGUGACUAUUUAUUCAGAGCCUUGUAUGUAGUUUAUGUUAUAAUAAAUUAUUUUGUACAGAA